UGCAAGCUGUAAUUGAAUGGAGCUCUUUUGGACCAUCUUCCUCUCUCCUUAACGAUUUACUAAUUAAUACUACCUUCCCCAUAUAAGCUUAGCUUCCAUUAUCAUCUCUCCCCAUGGAUUCUUCUUAAUUAAAGACUCUUCUUUUUUCUUUCUUUUCAAAUCUACCGACCGACAUUGAAUUCAUCACAACUUCAAAAUGUCGCCGCCAUUCGAUUGGUGGGCGAAGGAAUCGCAUACAGGAACGCCGGUGGUGAUAAAGAUGGAAAAUCCAAAUAACUGGUCAAUGGAUGAACUUGAAGGUACACCGGAGGAGGAAGAAGCUUUAUAUCUUGACUCCUCCGGCGAUAAUUCCGGCGUCAAUCAAAGACGGGAAAAGACUAAGAACAAGAACAAGAACGCGAAACAGCUCACAUGGGUUUUACUUCUCAAGGCUCAUAAAGCAGCCGGUUGUCUCACAUCCAUUGCUUCCUCAAUGAUUGGGAUAGCAGCCGCAAUUCGCCGCCGCGUGGCAUCUGGAAGAACAGACUCUGACGCCGACAAUGAUACCGUCGGCGGCGUAGGUUCUGCUGAGAAUAAGACUGUUAAAUCCAGGAUUUAUUUGUGCAUUAAGAUCUUCCUAUGUCUUUCUAUCAUGUUACUAGGUUUUGAGAUUGCUGCUUACUAUAAAGGUUGGGAUUUUGGUGCUCAUAAUCUUCAAAUACAGUAUCUAUCUCUAUUGACGAAUCCAUUUGAUGUUAAGGGUGUAUUUGAUUCGAUCUAUACGAGAUGGGUUUUAAUCAGGGUGGAGUAUCUUGCUCCUCCAUUACAAACGCUUACAAAUGUUUGUAUCUUGCUUUUCCUCAUACAGAGCUUAGAUAGAUUAGUUCUCUGUUUAGGCUGUAUAUGGAUCCGUUUGAAGAAUAUCAAACCGAUCCCUAAAGUAACUCCGGUCGAUUCAGAAUCCGGCGACGGUGGUUUCUUCCCCAUGGUUCUUGUUCAGAUCCCCAUGUGCAAUGAGAAAGAGGUCUAUCAACAAUCAAUCGGUGCCGCCUGCAAUUUAGAUUGGCCGAAAUCGAAGUUACUGAUUCAGAUUCUCGACGAUUCAGAUGACCCAACAGCCCAAUUACUAAUUAAAGGUGAUGUUCAGAAAUGGCAGAGAGAAGGCGCCAACAUUACUUACCGGCAUCGUGUUCUAAGAAACGGGUAUAAAGCAGGAAAUCUCAAAUCGGCCAUGAACUGCAGCUACGUCAAGGACUACGAAUUCGUUGCUAUUUUCGACGCAGACUUUCAACCCUCACCGGAUUUUCUCAUGAAAACAGUUCCCCAUUUCAAAGAUAAUGAAGAUGUGGGUUUAGUUCAAGCUAGAUGGUCAUUUGUGAAUAAAGAUGAGAACUUGCUAACAAGAUUACAGAAUGUUAAUUUAGCUUUCCAUUUUGAAGUUGAACAGCAAGUAAAUGGUAUAUUUCUCAACUUUUUUGGAUUCAAUGGAACUGCUGGUGUUUGGAGGAUAAAAGCAUUGGAGGAAUCUGGUGGUUGGUUGGAGAGAACGACUGUAGAAGACAUGGAUAUCGCAGUUCGAGCUCAUCUCCAUGGAUGGAAGUUCAUCUUCCUCAAUGAUGUCGAGUGCCAAUGUGAAUUGCCUGAAUCCUACGAAACCUACAGGAAGCAACAGCACAGAUGGCAUUCUGGACCAAUGCAAUUGUUUAGGCUUUGUUUGCCUGACAUUAUUAAAUCCAAGAUAGGAAUGAAGAAAAAGGCCAAUUUGAUAUUCCUCUUCUUCCUCCUAAGGAAACUAGUAUUACCCUUCUAUUCAUUCACACUUUUCUGCAUAAUCCUCCCCAUGACCAUGUUCAUACCAGAAGCUCAACUCCCGGCUUGGGUAGUUUGCUACGUUCCAGCAGCAAUGUCGUUUCUCAGUAUCCUACCUGCCCCCAAAUCCUUCCCUUUUAUCGUCCCUUACCUUCUUUUCGAAAACACAAUGUCUGUCACCAAAUUCAAUGCCAUGAUCUCUGGCCUAUUCCAGCUAAGCAGUUCUUACGAAUGGGUGGUUACGAAAAAGUCAGGCAGAUCUUCGGAAGGGGAUCUGGUUUCAUUGGAGGAGAAGGAACGAAAGCUGCAGAGGCAGCAUCAGAGGGGAAAUUCUGAGCCAGAUUUGGAGGCGAUGAAUGAAGAGAUAGAACUGUUGGAGAAGAGUUCGAAGAAGAAGAAGAAACAUAACAGGAUUUAUACGAAAGAACUGGCUUUGGCUUUUCUGCUACUAACUGCUUCGGCUAGGAGCCUUUUGUCGGCUCAGGGUAUUCAUUUUUACUUCUUGCUGUUUCAGGGAUUCUCUUUUCUUCUGGUGGGACUUGACUUGAUUGGGGAGCAAGUUCAGUAAAAUUGUUCUUAUUAUUGUUAUUGUUUUAUUUACUUGGGUUUAAUUCUUUAUGUAUCAAGAACAAAACAUUCCCCACUUAGUUUAUAGUUUAUGGAAUCAAUUCUUCUGUAGAUUUAACAAUAUAAAUCUAUUGUAAUUUUACUUUUUAACUUUUGAAUAAAGUUCAUGCCAGCCCAUUUGAACUU